UCACAGCGAAAGCUGCUCACACUGCUCAUGUAUCCACUCAUGGAGAGACUUUCCGUCCUCAUCGUUUGAGACACCUAUCAGAGAAUCCCAAGGCUCACGACUUUAUGAUUUUCACCACACAAAACAUGCCAUAAAACCUGCUUAGGGCUCAUCUGACAAAAGUUGGCUGGCUGUCCUGGGACAGAACAGAUUAAAGGGGAUAGUACAUGGAUAUUUCUCAGUCGCUGGUCAAUCUCGGCUGUGAGAGCAUAACAUUGACCUCUACUUAAGCUGUUAAUCGUGGAGAAACGAAAAGAAAAGCGAGCAAGUGGGCAUGCCACCCAAGAAAAAGGGUUCGGCGGACCGUCAGGACUCAGGGGCCACUGAGGAGAAGGAGAAGAAUGCCCAAGUCCAGCUGGACAAGGCCAAGUUUAAGCCUGUUGCUUUCGCUGUGCGCACAAACUUCACCUACACUCCUGCAGAUGAUGACAACGUCCCUAUACCAGGCCACGGGGUUUCUUUUGAAGCUAAAGACUUCCUGCAUAUUAAAGAGAAAUUUAACAAUGACUGGUGGAUUGGACGGCCUGUAAAGGAAGGGGGAGAGGUUGGUUUUAUCCCCAGCCCGGUGAACCUGGAGACAAUUCUGAUCAGAAGAGAGGUGCAGGCCAGGAAGGCUGCCAAAGCACUGGCCAAUAAAGCGGCUAGUGUUGCCAAAGAUGAUAUGAAUGCAAAGAAAGCAGCUCCACCACCAACAGUUCAGCAAGUGAAGAAGAAAUCGGGAGAGCAGCUGGCUGCAUAUGAUGUUGUGCCUUCCAUGCGUCCCGUGGUACUCAUGGGGCCUUCGCUCAAGGGCUAUGAGGUUACAGACAUGAUGCAAAAAGCUCUCUUUGAUUUUUUAAAACACAGAUUUGAAGGAAGAAUUACAAUCACCCGGGUGACAGCAGAUAUUGCACUUGCCAAGCGAUCGAUCCUCAACAACCCCAGCAAGCACGCCAUAAUGGACCGCUCCAACACCCGUUCCAGUUUAGCUCAAAUCCAAGGAGAGGUUGAGAGGAUUUUUGAGUUAGCACGCAGUCUACAGCUUGUGGUUCUUGAUGCCGACACCAUUAACCACCCUCUCCAACUAAGCAAGACCUCCUUGGCCCCGAUCCUGGUGUAUGUCAAGAUUUCAUCACCCAAGGUUCUGACAAGACUGAUAAAGACCAGGGGCAAAUCUCAGACUAAACAUUUGAAUGUUCAGAUGGUGGCCGCCGACAAACUGGCCCAGUGUCCUAAUGAGCUGUUCGAUGUCAUCUUAGAUGAGAACCAGCUGACAGAUGCCUGUGAACACAUUGCUGAUUAUCUGGAGGCCUACUGGAGAGCCACACACCCUCCUGAAAUGGAGCCUUCCAACCCCAUGCUGGAGAAACUGGCAGAAAACACACUCCCCACCAGCCCCACACCUGCUAAGGAUGAACAGAAAAGCAAGAAGUCGGUUGCUACCAAGAGAAAAGGAUCUCAAGAGCACCAACAGGAGCAUCUUCCCCAGGCUCAUGAGACGAGAGAGGAGGAGGAGGAGGAGGAAGAAGAAGAGGAGGUGCAGGAGGAGGCCGAGGAGGAGGAGAGACUUCUUCGUAGUGAGCCAAAGAGACACAGCAAUCGUCAUCAUCACCACCAUCAUCAUCAUCACCACCAUCGCUCCAGCACCAGCCGACCGACAGAGCCCCACAACAAACACCAGCAGCAAGUGCACCACCAACGGCCCGCUGACAUGGAGCUGCUUCCUGCUAAAGACAUUUCAUAUACAGAGUCCCGGAGCAGGCGCACGCUCCCGGUUGAGGGCGACCCAGACCAAACCGAGGUCUACCACAACAGGACUACAACUCAAAAGGACCAUAACCAUCACCAUCACCACCGACAUCACCACCGCCGCGGGACCACAGAUGUUCAACCGGAUUAUUCCCAUCUCGAGCAGCAGGACUACGAACUGGAGCACAAUGAGCACAACAGGCAACAGAGACAGUCGAGCCAGCUGCGCUCGCACAAACAACCCCACCACUAUGCUCACUCACACCACAGUCACUACCAGGGACGGGAGCGGGACGGGGAGAUGAACAGGUGUGUAGGGACAGAGGAGUGGACGGAAGACAUGUACAUUCAUCGCUGAGAUGGUCAUUGUUAUAAUGCUGCUAUGUGAAAUGCUGGAUACGUGUACUCAGGACAACAUGGUUUCUUCUUCUUUAUCCAUUCUGCUGCAUCAUUGCCUGUUCUGGUCAGCGUCUAAUUUUCUUGAUUUUGAGUUUAUAUCCAUAUAAUUCUGUGUUCCUCUGGGUUUAUAUUCUUCCCCUACCAUCAGGGCCAUGACUACUUCAUUUUUAAAUGAUUUUAGCAUAUUGGUCCUGGCAUACAUCUCUGUUUGUUACUGUCCCUGUUUCAUGAUAUGUACAUAUGCAAUCUGGUUAUGUUUUAUAUUGCGAUGCGCUUAGUCUUACCAAUCUUUAUUUGUAGCCCUUGAGAAAGAUAACACAUUUUUUUUCCUGAUUUUUUUAUUUAAGUCUUUUGUGGAACAUGCUGCUACACCAGUGUUAGAUAUGAAAAUAUUAAGAAUAUACUGUAAUAAGGGACUAGUCACUUCAGAUAUUUUAAAGGUGACCUAUUAUGCCCCUUUCUACAAUAUGUAAUAUAAGUGUCAGGUGCCAGAAUGUGUCUGAAGUUUCAGCUCAAAAUACUCCACAGGUUAUUUAUUAUAUAAUUAAAAAAUGCCUAUUCUUAGAGGAAGCAAAAACACUGUUUUCGUGCAUGUGUCUUUAAAUGCAAAUGAGCUGCUGCUCCACACCCCCUUUUUAAGAGCAGGGCUGCGCCUUUACAGCUCAUACGUCAGAUACUCUGAGAAAAAAAAAUAAUAAUAAACUUCUGUUUGGUUGUGAUUA